GGGAGCAGUAAUACACACAGAAACAUUGACAUUAGACUUCAAUGAAGGAGAUGGAAACAAAAAUGAUUUUCUUCACGGUGAAUGGAAAACCAGAACAAGCAGAGUUUUCACUGGACUGUCCUGCUCAGGAUGUCAAAGAUCUGUUCCGCUCUGCAGCUGAAGCAGGACCACAUGACAUCCUGAAGCUGUACAAUCCCAAAGGCAACAUCAUCAACAUCUCACCUAAUCUAGAGCCCAAUCAUCCCAACUCCUGCUACAAACUGGAAGUGGUGGCGUCCGACUGCAACAAUGAGCCUUUAGGUGUGGAGCUUGCUGGUGCACUGGGAUUUGACCUCUCAUCUAUGGAGAAAAGACUACAGGGUCUGGAAAAGAAAAUCCUCUUUGAAGCAGGAGACACGCCUGCGGUCAUCUACGAGUUGAAAAAACAGGUGGACUCAUUCCGGGAGAAACUGGAGAGUGUGGAACAUCUGAGCUGGCUUGGCUUGUUCAAGGACUUAUCAGAGGAAACACACAAGCCCUCUCCGUUCUACCACAAGAGAACUUUGCACAAAACCAAAGAGGAAUGUGAUCAUGUGCGGGAAAAGUUCCUUCAAAUGAGUUCUCUGGAGGUAUCAGAGGAAGUGAGGCAAUACUUAAAGACUCCCACAUUUGACAACUGGCAGUGGGAGGAUGCAGAGAUCAUGGUGCUCCUGCAAGUCAUGUACUCUGACUUAGACUUUAUAGCCAUCUACAAUAUCGAGCCUGAAGUAUUGCAACAGUUCCUGUUUGAAGUUUACCGUAGAUACAACAACAUCCCCUUUCACAACUUCAAGCACUGCUUCUGUGUCACCCAGAUGAUGUAUGGUUUAAUUUGGCUCACUGACUUGAGAAGUAAGAUGGACAGUAUUGACUUGCUCAUAAUGCUGACCUCGGCAGUUUGUCAUGAUCUUGACCACACUGGCUACAAUAAUGCUUACCAGAUCAAUGCUCGGACCGAACUUGCACUUCGCUACAAUGACAUCUCUCCACUGGAGAACCACCACUGUGCCGUAGCGUUUGAGAUACUAGAGAAGACAGAGAGCAACAUUUUCAGAAACGUGUCUUUGGACCUGUACAAACAUAUACGAGAAGGCAUCAUCAAAUGCAUUCUGGCCACUGACAUGACAAGUCACAAUGAGAUCCUUAACAAGUUCAAGUCCAUUCUUUCUCAUUUUGACUUCACCAACAAGGACCAUCGAGAUGUGCUAAUGAUGAUUCUGAUCAAAGUGAGUGACAUCUCCAAUGAAGCUCGGCCGAUGGAGGUCGCUGAGCCUUGGCUAGAUUGUCUGUUGCAAGAAUUCUACAACCAGAGUGAUGUGGAGAAGUUAGAGGGUCUUCCAGUCACCCCCUUCAUGGAUCGGGACAAGAUAACCAAACCUUCAUCACAAACUGGCUUCAUCAGAUUUGUUCUGUUGCCCCUUUUCAUAGAGCUGGCAAACCUUUUUCCCUGCCUGGAGCAACACAUCAUCGACCCGGUGCGGAAGGCCCUGGACUAUUACACAGAGAUGGAGAAAGCACUGGAGAGGGAGAAGCAGGCUCGGGCGCAGUGUGAAAAAGUGGCGAAGAGCAAAGAGAUGCCAGCGGAGCAGCAGAGCACAGAACCGAAAGCACAAUGAACUAAGCAAGCGAGCAGAGACCAUCUAUGUGUUCCACACUCUAAGAUUAGGAAUGGGAACAAAACAUUAAUUCAUUUGUCUAUGUCCAUCUGCAAACGGAAAGAACCUUUACUGACAAAUUCAAAAUAAAUUAAAUACAAAAUUAAGUACAUCAUCACUAAAUUGACAAGUUAAGUAUUUUAAUUUAAUUACAACUCUCCAACAGAAAUGGAGGACGUACUGUGUGUAGCUGACAUCCUAAUAGUUAUGACAAACUAUACGACUUUUAGCAGUCACAAUUAAGGUCCACCCAUCGCUACACAGUAAUUACAUUUUUUUUUCUAGUCUGCACCAUUCUAAAGCAGGAAGAAUCUAACGCCGCCAAAGACUAUCUUAACGGCGGACAUUUAUCCAAGAAAAAGCUGCUGAUGGUGUGUUUUACGGAGAAGCAGCUGGAUGGAGAUACUGUAGAAGUCAAGUCUCCAAGGUAAAUGCUGAACAUUAUAAUUAAAAUACUUAAAAAAACAACUGUCUAACAUCACUAUAUAAAGUAUGAAUAACGAUGAUGCUUGUGAAUGUUUUGACUAAAUGACAUCAAGGCAAUGAUACUUAAUGUGAUCUACCACUAUUCAUUAUUGUCGACUAACGACAUUAUUUUUUACUCUGUAUUAAAUUGUGCACACAAAAAAGUUUUUGUGUCAAAAUCUGGCUAUUUAUAGGUUUCUCUUCCUCGGGUUGC